AUGUCCAAGAGCCGAACAGGCCUGUACAUAGGUCUCGCCGCUGCCGGCGGCGCAGGUUACUACUUGUACCGCGCGGGCGGCGAUGUGCGGGGCGCCAAAAAUGAAAUGAAGAGUAUGUCGCCGUCCCGUCUGCCCUGGUCCAGAUUGGGCCGCGAAGAAGUUCAUGCUAAUCAGAAUCCCCCCUCCUCAGUCGACGCUGACAAGGCGCGCGAGAAGCUCCCGCGCGGCAGCGAUGCAGAGAAGAUGGGCCAGAAUGCCGGUAAAGAGGCCGGUGCAACGGUGGAUGAAGCGGUACUUGCCCCCUUUAUUCGCCCCAUUAACAACGCGCGCACCAAGACCAAACUGGACGAGCGUAUCCCCGCAAUGGCCGAAGACGGCAAGAAGAAGCUGGACGGCCUGCGUCAGGAUGCGCGCGACCAGAUCAACGCCACGGUGGACAAGGUCGACCGGACCGUGGAGGAGAAGGCGUCCGAUGCGAAGGGCACUGUCUCCGGCUGGUUUGGAGGCAAAAAAUAG